UAGAUCACAUGAGAUCUGAAAUCUUGGCGCUUUAGAAUUUAUACUAUACUCUUAUAAUCAAGAAUAACUUUAUUAAUUUCAAAAUUACAUGCAUUAGUAUUAAUGUAAAGAAGUAAAAUAACUUAAUAUAAAACUUAUUGCAUUAUUAUAUUCUUUUUAAGGAAUACUCCUAUUCUAUUAUAGUGAACAAUAGAAAAUAAAGGUAUAAAAAUUAACCAUUUUUGGUUAUGUGAUAGCUAUCAUUGCUACUUAUACUAAAACAAAUUAUUUAAUCGAUAAUUAAUUUUUAAAGAAAUAAUUAUGACUAAUCAAAAGGAACAAACUGAACUACAAGUAUUUAAAACAGUUCUCUUGCAUUGUAUUAUAAUUAUAACAUUUCCUGUGAUAUCAUUUUUCACUAGUAAAAUUUUUAUUUUUGAUAAAUUGCUUGGUUUAGAAACAGUAACAAGUAAUGUUUACUCGGCUGGAGUAGCAAUUGCGAUAUUGCAUAUUGCUCUUGGAGCAUUUAUAUAUAGAGCAUACUUUGACACACCAUCAAAACUGCAGAUGAAGUCUGAUUAAUUGUCAGUUUUUAUAUGCAUUUAUUCAACUCUUGAAUCAAUAAUAUUAAUAUAUGAUUUAUAUUU